GCCUAUCGAUAGUUGGCUGCCACGGCGUCCAUCUCUAUUGGGGAACUCUACUGCAUUUUAAUUAUUGUUGGUGUUAUUUUCGAGCCCAUGCGCGUAAAUGAGCACACAAAACUGCUUGGACAGCGUGUCAUUCUGGUGCCCUACGAGGCCCGACAUGUACCCAAGUAUCAUCAAUGGAUGAGCAGUCCCACGCUGCGCAGCCUGACCGCCUCGGAUGAGCUCACCUUAGACGAGGAAUAUGCAAUGCAACAAAGUUGGCGCCAGGACAAUGAUAAGCUCACAUUCAUUGUCCUUUGCGCUGAGAUCUAUGAAAAGACCAACGAUGAGAUAACCGCUAUGGUGGGUGACACAAAUCUGUUUGUGCGCCACGAUGAGGAGUCGCAGCAUUAUGUGGCAGAGGCGGAAAUUAUGAUCGCAGCACCCGAGGCGCGCGGCAAAGGAUUUGGUCGCGAGGCUAUGCUACUUAUGUUCAAGUACGCCCAGCAGCAUCUGCCCCUGAACAAAUUCGAAGCCAAGAUCGACAUGGACAAUGCCAUGUCGUUGCGCCUCUUCGAGAGCUUUCAGUUUGCCGAGGUGCGACGCGUGGAGGUAUUCCACGAGGUGACCCUAGAGCGGCUUAUAACAGACGACUGGCUGUCCUGGCUGGAUGAGCAGGUGCAGCUAAGAAUUGAGAAAUAUGAUGAUGCUUCAAAAUGAUAUACACUU